ACGAGUAGGUAGGAAGGCAGCAAAGGGCAAGAAUGGGUGUGUGGAAGUUCGCAGUUUCGCUGGCGGCGGUGGCGCUGGCCGUGGUCAAGGCCGGCGACGUGACGGUGCUGACGCCCGACAACUUCGACGACGUGGUGGACGGCUCCAAGCACGUGCUGGUCAAGUUCUACGCGCCGUGGUGCGGCCACUGCAAGAACCUGGCGCCGGCCUACGAGACGGUGGCCACGGCCUUCAAGAAGACGGACAGCGUCGUGGUGGCCGAGGUGGACGCCGACGAGCACAAGGACCUGGGCUCCAAGUUCGGCGUCACGGGCUUCCCCACGCUCAAGUACUUCCCCGUGGGCUCCACGGAGCCCGAGGACUACAAGGGCGGCCGCAGCGAGGACGACUUCGUCUCGUUCCUGAACGGCAAGGCCGGCACCAACGUGCGCGUGGCCAAGGCCCCGAGCCACGUGGCCGCGCUGACCGAGAGCGACUUCGACGCUGAGGUCAUCCACUCGAAGAAGCACGCCAUCGUCGAGUUCUACGCGCCGUGGUGCGGCCACUGCAAGAAGCUCGCCCCGACCUACGAGGAGGUGGGCGCCAUCUACGAGGGCGAGGACAACGUGCUCAUUGCCAAGGUGGACGCCACGGAGAACGCCGAGUUGGCCAAGCGCUACAACGUCAAGGGCUACCCCACGCUCUUCUACUUCCCCCCUGGCGCGGACGAGCCCGAGGACUACUCGAACGGCCGCGACAAGGCCUCGUUCGUCGAGUUCAUCAACGAGCACGCCGGCACGUACCGCACUGUGGACGGCGGCCUCACGGCUGAGGCCGGCCGCGUCGAGGAGCUGGACCUGAUCAUCUCGGAGAGCGGCGACAUCACCGCUGCCGUGCUGGAGAAGGCGCAGACGGCUGUGGACGGCCUGGAGGGCAACGACGCCAAGUACGGCGCGCUCUACGUCAAGGCCAUCAAGAAGAUCGUGGCCAAGGGCCCCUCGUACGUGGACACGGAGAUCAAGCGUCUCGAGGACCUGCUCGACAACGACAACGUGUCGCCCCAGAAGAAGACGCUCUUCGCGCUCCGCAAGAACAUCCUCGAGUUUUUCCAGGAGAAGCAGAACGAGAAGACGGAGCUGUAAGCUGGAGUCUGUCGAGACUCGCUGGUUGGCAGUCACACGGAGUAGUAGCUAGCAUCGAUGCUAUCGCUAGAAUGUCAACGCAGUUCUUUGUAUUCUG